AUGAUGCCAGGAGGCCUCUCAGAGUUGAAGAUCGGCGACGCAGACGUCCAGCAAAUCUGUGACAGCGUGAAGCCUGACGCGGAGAAGACAGCCAACAGGUCCUUUAAGAACUUCACUGCCAUGCUCUACAAGACUCAGCUGGUCGCCGGAACCAACUACUUCAUCAAGGUGCACGUGGAAGGAGAAGAUCAUAUUCACGUGAAAGCAGAAGAGUAUGUUCACCUUCGCGUCUUCAAGCCGCUGCCGUGCGAUGCCAAGAAACUGGAGCUGGGCGACAUGCAACAGCACAAGAGUUUCUUCCACCACAUCGUGUACUUCUGA